AUGCCUAACAAUAUGUGGUUGGAAAGUCAGCUCAUGGAUGGCUUUCGUGGCCUCGAGCACAUCAUGCCGACAGACCCCCUGGUUGUGGAUCCACUUGCAGCUGUCCCUAACAUGGGUGUCAAUCAGGAGAUCCUUACUCUACUACAACAGCAUCAUCAGGCUCUUACCCCCGAUGUGCUAGCUCACCUUCAGGACGGCCAUGGGGAUGCACCACUACCUGUCAAUCUACCCACCCAAUCUUUGGCGUAUGUGCCUUGCGAGGCCCCUGCCUGCCCCCUCAGCCCUGCAGAGGUUGAUGUUCUAAACCAAACUAUGGCUACCAGUCCAGGAAUGGCAAGCAAUACCUGGGAGGCCCAUUGA